GAACAGAAAAGGACGGAGGAGGACGUACGGCCAUCAACGAUUGUAUUUGAUUGUUCUGCUCUGCUCGUGUUUGGAUUGUAGGUUUGGCGCGGCGGAAGGAAAGAAAGGAAAGAAGUCAAUUAAUUGAGUAGUAAUUUACAUGGGAGAGGAGUAUGGUGGUGGUGGUAACUUGGGUCGUGUAGGUAUCGGCGGAACUGAUGGUGGUGCCGCAUCAACCUCCUCAUCAUCUUCUGUUGAGGCACCAAUUGGCUCCUCCAAUAUUGGUUUUCAGCUUCUGAAGAAACAUGGUUGGAAAGAAGGCACGGGUCUUGGUAUUUCUGAGCAGGGAAGGCUGGAACCCAUAAGGGCUUAUAUGAAGAAGAACAAACGAGGUUUGGGAGCAAUUGAAAAAGUGAUGAAGAAGAAGCAGCAGCAUUCAGAAAGAAAUCCCAGUUCUGAUCAAACUGAUGAGAAAAAAGCAAAGGGUAUAACAAAAAAGACGAGGAAAAGAAUGGAGUUAGAGAAGCAGAUGCAAGAGAAGGAAUUCGAACAAGCUUUUUUUAGAGACUUUUGGCCUGAUAAUGUUUGAUUGUUUGUUUGUUUGUUUCUUGGUGGUGUCUGUCUGCCUGUCUGUCUAUACAAUGUCCAAAUUGUUAAACAAAAUCAAUCAAUCAUCAUAGAUCAUUUGAAAUGUGAUGUGUUAUUUCUACAUUA